AUGCUUUUAGAUGACAACGAGUUAAAAGAGCUCUUUGCUUCACUUCGUCACAUAGCAAACUUCUUUGAACAUACUGGUAUAAAAAGUACUCUAUCUUCAUUACGAAGCGUUUACUCUUCAACUACGAACGCUAACAAGGUGUUAUCUGCGAGUUGUGGAUCCCCUGAUAAUCUGAACCACAAAAAUGGGCCUGAUAUAGAUCCGGAUUACUCAGAUAUCCAAGCGAAAAUUACUUUACCAGACAACGCUACAUUUUCAGAUGUCGCCUCCCUUCUGCAUUUAAUUAUCAAUCAACUUGAAAUGCGGAUUGAUGCUUGCCUUAUUGAAUUUUAUGAGCACAUAAAACGAAACGAAGGGUACCGAUUAAGCGCAAGUUCUUCACAGCAGCAGGAUGAUUCCUAUAGGCCCGAUCCUAUACUCUCUUCGAGAAGCAAUCCCAACUCGGUAAAAAAGGUUAAGAAUUGUAACUUAGAAGGUGACAUCGAAGGUGUUCUAAUACUCGAAAGCCCCGAAUCAUCUAUGAGGGCAGUUCUCCACGAAGCCUGGAAUCGUCUCAAUGUUUCAAUCUCUCAAAGAGUAACCAAAGGACGCCCCGAAUCAAGCCAUAGAGUAAGUAUUUGCUCUUCUCAACCUUCCAACACUCGAAGUGAGAGGCAAAGGGUUCUUUCCUCAUCCCGGAGACCACACGAUGCCGCAUCGAUUUUUCAAAACCACCUUUAUCUGUUGUUAGAGAGCGCCGUCGCUCAAACCAACUCCAGCUGCGGGGCGAUUUACCUGAGCGACACAAACGACGCGAACACCGCGGCGCCAGUGGAGGAGAGUCCUCGGUUUCUCUACCGCAUUGCGGAUAUUCGCGCGGGGAAUCGACUUCCCCAAUCUGUCAGUUUCGCCACGAUUAACACCCUCACGACGGUUGUCCAGACCGGGGUGGCGGUGAAUCUGAGCCGGGCCCAGCCCGAACCCAGUGCCCUCCACGCGUGGGGAGGGGGGGCCGCUGUCCUUCACCCACGUCCCCUGGCGGAAAAGCGCACGACCGGUGCUCCUGCUCUGUUGUCGGACCCCCCCCUUAUCGGCCGAUUUUUGCCUGUUACAACGGCCAUCGUCAUGCCGAUCGGCACCAUCGGCUGUGUCAUUGUGGCCAAUAAAUCCGGGAUGGGCAUUAAUGACACCCGAUUCCUUAGAACCGAUGAAUUCGUGGUUUGGGGCCUGGCAAGGUUCUGCCGACAUCUCUUCACGUAUUAUAAAACGGAUAUCUUUCUUCAACACACCUGGGCACCAUCGGCGAUGACUUGUCUCCGACAGUUCACAAUACUUCCCUCCGUUGGGGAGCCUCCAAGAGCUUUUCAGCUGCCAAAAAUGACCAAUUCUAGCGGUCGAUGGAAAUCUUUUUCGCGUGUCUUUUCAGAGUGCAAAAACAAUAUUGAAGGAGAUAGGGUGCCAAAGCCCUUAGUAAUAGUUCAAACAGAUGUGGAUACAAUACCAAAGUUAGUCAACAAUAAAAUUGAAAGGCUAUACAACAAUUGUACAGAUGACAGUAAUGUCAUAAACGAAGAGGAGAUGUUCACAAACGCGUCGGAGUAUAUUACUAAUAUCGAGUCUCUUUGGACGCAGACAAUAAAGGAGAAUAUGUAUUUAAAGUCCGAAUUAGAGAAAGUCUUCAAGGAGUUGGAAGAGCACAGACGUUUAUUAUCCAUUGCAAGGCAAAGUAAAUAG